AUGGGACGUAUCUUCUUGGACCACAUUGGUGGCACUCGCCUGUUCUCCUGUGCCAAUUGUGACACCAUUCUGACCAACAGAGCAGAGCUGAUCUCCACUCGCUUCACUGGAGCUACUGGCAGGGCCUUUUUGUUCAACAAGGUUGUUAAUCUACAGCACAGUGAGGUUCAAGACAGGGUUAUGCUGACGGGACGACACAUGGUGCGUGACGUCAGCUGUAAAAACUGUAAUAGUAAACUGGGUUGGAUGUAUGAGUUCGCCACGGAGGAAAGCCAGCGCUACAAGGAGGGCCGAGUCAUCCUGGAAAGAGCGCUGGUGAGGGAGAGCGAGGGUUUUGAGCACGUUCCCGCAGACAACUCCUGA